AUGGCCCGAGGUGACCGCAGAGAAUGGACCCCACCGCCUCAAGUGGAAGCCAAGCCCCGGGGAGAAAUCAACUACCACAUGUACGCACCUCUGUUGUAUGGCCCCAUGAUCCCGUUGCUCCGGAUUGGCUUGCGUGGACGGCUUCCACAGAAGCAAAUCGACGCUAUUUUCUUGACCUCGGUCGGGCUUGCGCUCUCGCAUGCAGGUUUCGUCAUGUUUUCCGACUCCAGCGUGUAG